AUGAAGCUGCAAAACACUAUUCUUUGUUGGCUUUUCGAAGUGAUCACCAUGCUGCCUGCGGUCUCACCCUCCUAUUGCAAUCACCUUGGGAGCAGACAUCUAGCCAAAGACUCCGACAAGAACUUGGAUUACAAUGGCUCCAAAUGUCAGCGCUGGCAGUUCAAGUUCCAAAAGAACCUAGCCGUCAAAUCAGUUUGGCCAUAUGUGCCCGAUUGCGAGACCAUGUGCGAGCUUGACUUUCUUCAAGCAUUGAAAGGAGCCAUCGAUCAGGAUACAAAUCAAUAUACGGGAGAAAAGAAGAUCAGUGAGUGCGUGGGCGAUAGUGGUACCUGCGGUGGUCUCUCUAUUGAGGAUACAUUGUUCUCCUCUCUUCGCAGCAUUUGUUACUGCAAGGCGAUCCUCAUUCCACUUCGCCUUCAUGGCACAGUGGAUGGUCUUAAGUGUGAGCGACGACAGCUGCAUGCAUCCUUUGCCUCAAAACUUGGCGGAGGCUGGACGACUGAAGGAGACCCAGAGCUCCUCAAGAAGAAUCUGCAUUGUAACCAGCGCAAGGCCAGUCAUUGUAACUGCGCAAUUUUGGACCCAUACAGAAAACUUUACGGGUUACCGCAUGGAAAAGAAUGUCCUGCGGAGGUGAAACCGCCAGCGCCUUGUGCUCCACCGCCUCGCAUAGGCAUCACUACUUACAACACGACUUCGCCAUAA